GCUUCCCCCGCGAGCAGAAAGAGAUCCCAGGCUCCCAGGGCAGGGAAAGCAAAGGGAGAAAAGUGGCCUCAGAAGGGAAGGAGAUGUAAAAGAAGCUGCAGGAGAGCAGGAAGGGAAGACAAAAGGAGGGCCAGGAGCAGGCGUCUUGAACACAGAGGACAGACUGUUCACUGUUACUAUCUCUCCAGCUGAGCCCCCCACACGAUGGAUAUAAUAUUUGGCAGAAAUAAGAAGGAACAGCUGGAGCCUGUGAAGGCCACAGUGACUGGCAAGAUUCCAGCAUGGCUGCAGGGAACCCUGCUCCGCAAUGGGCCUGGGAUGCACACAGUGGGUGAGACCAGAUACAACCACUGGUUCGAUGGCCUGGCCUUGCUCCACAGCUUCACAAUCAGAGAUGGUGAAGUCUAUUACAGGAGCAAAUACCUGAGAAGUGAUACCUACAACGCCAAUAUUGAAGCGAACAGGAUUGUGGUGUCAGAAUUUGGAACAAUGGCCUAUCCGGACCCCUGCAAAAACAUAUUUUCCAAAGCCUUCUCCUACCUGUCCCACACCAUCCCUGAUUUCACAGACAACUGUCUGAUCAACAUCAUGAGGUGUGGAGAAGACUUCUAUGCGACCACAGAGACCAAUUACAUCAGGAAAAUCAACCCACAGUCCCUGGAAACCCUGGAGAAGGUUGAUUAUCGUAAAUACGUGGCUGUAAACCUGGCAACAUCGCAUCCGCAUUAUGAUGCCGCUGGAAAUGUUCUCAACAUUGGCACAUCCAUCGUGGACAAGGGGAAGACAAAAUAUGUGAUCUUUAAGAUCCCUGCCACAGUGCCAGAGGGCGGGAAGAAGGGGCAGCGCCCCCUGAAGCACACGGAGGUGUUCUGCUCCAUCGCCUCCCGCUCCCUCCUCUCCCCGAGCUAUUACCACAGCUUCGGAGUCACCGAGAACUACAUCGUUUUCCUUGAGCAGCCUUUCAAGAUGGAUAUCCUCAAGAUGGCAACUGCCUACAUCCGGGGCGUGAGCUGGGCUUCCUGCCUGGCUUUCCACAGGGAGGACAAGACUUACAUUCACAUCAUCGACCGAAGGACAAGGAAGCCUGUGCUGACCAAGUUUUACGCGGACCCCAUGGUGGUGUUUCAUCACGUCAACGCCUAUGAAGAGGACGGCUGCCUUCUGUUCGACGUCAUCGCCUACGAGGACAGCAGCCUUUACCAGCUCUUCUACUUGGCCAACCUGAACAAGGACUUCGAGGAGAACUCCAGGCUCACCUCCGUCCCCGCCCUCAAGAGGUUCGCAGUGCCUCUCCACGUGGAUAAGAAUGCAGAAGUGGGCUCCAAUUUAAUCAAACUGUCAUCUACAACAGCAAGAGCUCUGAAAGAAAAAGAUGACCAAGUGUACUGCCAGCCGGAGUUGCUUUACGAAGGCUUAGAGCUGCCUCGGAUCAAUUAUGCUCACAACGGGAAGUGGUACCGCUAUGUCUUCGCUGCUGAAGUCCAGUGGAGCCCCAUCCCAACCAAGAUAAUAAAAUACGACAUUCUCACGAGGUCAUUCUUGAAGUGGGAAGAGGCACACUGCUGGCCGGCGGAGCCCCUGUUUGUGCCCACGCCGGGUGCCGAGGCCGAGGAUGACGGGAUUAUCUUAUCAGCCGUUGUCUCUACCGAUCCCCAGAAGCUGCCUUUUCUGCUGGUUCUGGAUGCCAAAACGUUCACAGAAUUGGCUCGUGCAUCCGUUGAUGUAGAGAUGCACCUGGAUCUCCAUGGGCUGUUCAUCCCGGGUGUAGACUGGGACGCGGGGAAGCAGGCCCCAUCCCAGGAGGAGAGGGACAGGGCUGUCGACCGCCAUGUGGCCCCACGGACCUGACAGGGUGGAGGUCUGGGCCCUGGACAACGGCCCCACUGGACUCAAGGGUGGUCUCUGUCUGGGUGGAGUGGGGAGAAGUCUUUCAUUUCAUUUUGCACUUAUUCUUUCCAUGGUUGCUUUGAAACAAAAUUAUGAAAAUAGAGCUUGCCGGUAUCUUUUCUUUCAUUUUAUUUUGGCCAUAAGAACCUUGUUUGAAAGUCAAUCAAAUAUUUGUUGAUUAGCUCUAGCACUUCUAAGAAAGCCCUUAUAAAGGGGUAUAAAGACCAUGACCAUGAAUCAGAAAUGGUAUUAAGUCACAUAAUCAUUGUUCCUAGAAUGGGCAGCCACUGACCCACUGGAGAAGAGACACAGAAACAAUGAUCAUUGGUCCUCCCUCCCCGUCUUUCUCUCCCUUCCCUCCCUUUCUCUCCCUUCCCUUCCUCCCUUCUUUCCGGUGGACUAGAUGGUGUCCACUCAGCCAUGCCCUGUGAGUAGACCAUGUGGCCCAGAAGGCGUGUGUUUUGUAGUCAUUCCAUGCAAGGCAUGGCAUGGCAUAAGACAAAAUAAUAAAAACUUUAAAGACUCUUCAGACUUUAAUUUUACAUGGCUUCUUUCCUCUGAAGAUCUUCUAAGGCAAUAAAACAGAGGGGCAGAGCUAGACGGUUCCUAGCCCGCCAGGUGCCUCGUUGUACACCCGAUGGGACAGCAGAUGGGUGUGUGCGGGCACCCCCUUGGCAGGAGGGUGUGGAGGGGCUGUAAUACUGAGUCCUGUCUUGCCCAAUGCUGAGAACCAGGGCGGCGAGGCAGGCUGGAGUCGUACAGGAAAGGGGGUCCCCUCAGCAGAAUUCCUUAGAGAUUCAUCCAAGCUGUUGUUUGUUUUCAUCCAAGUUGUCCUUUGUUGGGUAUGUUUUAUUCACUACUCUUUCCUCUGCACCUAGAGCACUGCCUGGUGGAUGCAGGCUCCCAAUUAAGUGUUUGUUGAAUGAAUGAAUUCUGCCAACAAAGAAACCCAACUCCGUAAUGUACCAACAAGAAAUCAAUAUUUAAGAAAAGAAAAAGGGAGGGACUUCCGUGGUGGCGCAGUGGUUAAAAACCCGCCUGCCAACGCAGGGGACCCGGGUUCGAGCCCUGCUCCAGGAAGAUCCCACAUGCCGCAGAACAACUAAGCCCAUGCGCCACAACUACUGAGCCUGUGCUCUAGAGUUCGUGAGCCGCAACUAAAGAGCCCUUGAGGCACAACUACUGAAGCCUGAGCACCUAGAGCCUGUGCUUCACAACAAGAGAAGCCACUGCAAUGAGAAGCCCGUGCGCACCACACCACAACAGAGUAGCCACCACUCGCCGUAACCAGAGAAAGCCCGCGUGCAGCAACGAAGACCCAAUG